GUGCCGACAGGCGCCUGCGCACUGCUCCCGCGCCCCCUCCCCGGCGGCCCGCCGGACCUCGGAGCUCGCGGUCGGCGGCGGCGGGGGAGCGCGGGAGCGCGGCGGUGGGUGCGCGCGCGCCGCCGGACAGCGGGCGGCAGGGCGGGCGGGAGCAUCGCAGCCGGCGAGGGCACUGCCCCGUCUCACGCACGUGGACCUGGGCUGCCGUGGGACCAGAGCCCAGCCCCCGCGCGUGGGGGAGGGGGCACCGCGGCAGGGUUCCCCUUUUUCUGCAGCUCGGAGCCUGGGGAAGUGAUUGCUCAAAGGUCGGGGCCGGAAGAACCCAGGUUUCCGCGUCUCCCGCCCCCCGAGCCUGGUGGGGAGGGGCGGGGCGGGACUCGACACGACACACUGUCGGUGUCUGCCCCACCCGUUGGGUCCAGCAGCCGCUCCUCUUGGAGAGUCGCAGGGGAGGCGCUGCGCCCCCCGGUCCCAGCCGAGCAGGGCCCCGCGCCAGCCCCCUUCCGGAACGCCGCGGGAGUACCUCCUGCCGUCUGACUUGAGUCCCACUGCUGCGGAGCACGCCCCUUCGACAGUCAGGGUGGGGCCAGACCGAAUCCGGCCCCCCGCCCCCCACCUCGCCUCUGGGUCGCCGUGCAUGCUCCACUCCCAUACCCUCAAGAAGCCUUUCCUCAAGUCCCAAUCACGUCCUCAAUGCUGCAGGCCUAGCUGCCCCUCUGGCCAAGUCCCAGCCUCAAGCCCCAGCCCCCUUGGGAGGGGCAAGGAGCCGGAAACCAAGAAAGAGGAACCCAGGCUUCCGGUUUCCCAGAGACUGAGCAGAUGGGGGUGUCCUGGAACCUCCUGUGGGUGCCUCAUUUGGGGCCCAGCCUAGAGUGAGAAGCCAGUGGUUGCUGCAGUCCCUUCUUCACUGACCUGGGUCUGCCUCCUGGCCCUGGUGUAAACCGGGGCUGGAGGCCCCCAGGCUGUGGUGAAGGUCCUGGAGCUGGCACCACAGAGCCUGGGCAGUCCCUUCCACUCACCCAUGCCCACCCCGCAUGAGGCUGAGAAGCAGCACACAGGGCCAGAGGAGGCGGACAGGCCCCCCUCAAUGUCCAGCCAUGACGUGGCCCCCCCGGCGGCCCCCAGCCGCAACCCCUGCUGUUUGUGCUGGUGUUGCUGCUGCAGCUGCUCCUGGAACCAAGAGCGGCGCCGAGCAUGGCAAGCCUCACGGGAAAACAAGCUGCAGCCCCUUCCCAGCUGUGAUACCUGCGCCCCCCCAAGCCCUGAGGAGGUGCAGAGCUGGGCACAGUCCUUCGACAAGCUGAUGCACAGCCCCGUGGGCCGCAGCGUGUUCCGCGCCUUCCUGCGCACAGAGUACAGCGAGGAGAACAUGCUCUUCUGGCUGGCCUGUGAGGAGCUGAAGGCAGAGGCCAACCAGCACGUGGUGGACGAGAAGGCGCGGCUCAUCUAUGAGGACUACGUGUCCAUCCUGUCCCCCAAGGAGGUGAGCCUGGACUCCCGAGUGCGGGAGGGCAUCAACAGGAAGAUGCAGGAGCCAUCUGCACACACGUUCGACGACGCACAGCUGCAGAUCUACACGCUCAUGCACCGGGACUCCUACCCUCGCUUCCUCAGCUCCCCAGCCUACCGCACCCUGCUGCUCCGGGGGUCCCCACAGUCCUCUUCUGAGGCCUAGGUUCCACACGGCACAGGAACUCCAUCCUCUGGUGGGCAGACUCAGGGCUCACACCAGUGGUCCCCACAUCGCUGGCCCAGGGUCUACACCCCUGGCUCCGCCCCUCACCAGCCUGCUGCUGCCUGGAAGGGGUCUCUUGUUUGUAGCAGGAGACCCUCCUACUUGAGCUGUCUGCACUGCAGAACCAGACCCAGAACCAGGUUCAAGUGACAGGACCUGAAUAUAUUUUAUAUAUUCAUGAACUCUAAACCUGGGAAUAUCUCCUUACUGUAUGUUUUACCAAGAAGGGGAAAAAAAAAGUUUUCAUAUUUAUCUCCA